AUGGUCUCCUCAGACAAAAAGGCUAUGAGUCUGUAUCCAGGCUCGGAAAGUGGUGCUUACUCAUUAUCCUAUGUCUUCUCCUCGCAAUUGCUGGAAAGCGACGCAGCAGGUCCUCGACCGUCUCCAACUCCUCAUCGUCAUUGCGCAUCCUACAGAAGUGUGCCUCUCUCUGCACCCACUCUGCCUGCACCCACUCUGCCUGCACCCACUCUGCCUGCACCCUCUCUGCCUUCACCCACUCUGCCUGCAUCCACUCUGCCUGCACCCACUCUCCUUGCACCCACCCUCCCUGGACCCACUCUCACGGCACCCACCCUCCCUGGACCCACUCUCCCUGCACCCACUCUCCCUGCACCCACUCUCCCUGCACCCACUCUCCCUGCACCCACUCUCCCUGCACCCACUCUCCCUGCACCCACUCUCCCUGCACCAACUCUCCCUGCACCCACUCUCCCUGCACCCACUCUCCCUGCACCCACACUCCCUGCACCCACUCUCCCUGCACCCAAAGUGACAUCAGAGACUGACGUUAUAAUGACUCCUAAGUCAUGCAUUCUCAACCCCAAGAUAAAAAAUGUCCUCUAUCGCAAAAUACUUGAUCACCCUGAUUCCCUGACUCCAAGUUACUCAAUGAAGACUCCUGCUCCACCGCCCCAUCCAAUUUCGACCCAUCAUUGUAUACAGAGAGUUCCAGGAAGGACGGUGUGCCCGAAACCCAGAGAUCCCUUUUCAGGAAUACGACUUGCACCCCUCAUCAACAACGGCAACACCAUCUCUUUGCAGAACAGAGGAAUGCUCCAAGUUAGAAUAGCGCCAUGA